GUAAAUAUUUAUAAUUACAAAAGGAAAAAAUUGUAAAUCACUUUCUAAGUAACGAAAUAACUAUACAAUGGUUCCUAGAUAUUGUAACUAACUUUUAUCUAACUGUAAAAACCACGGAUCAGAAGUCGUAUUCCAUGCAGCAGUCGUAACAGCAUCAUUCCAAGUACUUACAAUCCACCAUUUCCGGUAACACCAUGUCGAUUGAGCAGCAAGCUAUUCAAUGUGCUCCUUCAGCCGAUGAAUCUUUGAGGAGCGAAGGUUACGAGCGAGAUUUUAGCUUAUAUCAAGGAAACUCUGUCUUUCGAAAUCAGCCUUCAUACAAUAUUUUCAACAAAUCUAUUGAGUGCGUAAAUGACUCGUUGUAUGCUCACCUCAAUGCGGUGGAUUUAGAAAUUCUUCAGAAUGAGCAGGCACACAGCAAAAUGUUUGGAUCUUAUACCCACGGUUUGGCUUUAAAAGAUCCACGUACUAAAGAACCAAUCCGCCAGACUGUUAGGGAUUACACCAGCGCUGACGAGAAUGACCAACACUUGUUGGUUUUUCCCAAUAUACACGAUGGGGAACGCCACUCGACCUUAAGUCGUGACCAGCAGGCGGCUUGUUUGAGAGUGCUUCUGGCAGGGCAAAAUUGCCAACCACUUCCGGAGGAAGACUUUAUUAUUUGGAGAGCUACUGAAAGCAAACGGUGCACUGAACAUCAGGUGGUCCAGAAAUACAUAUUUGAUUAUUCGCAGGACCAAAAGGAAAUGCUUUAUAGGCCUAUGAAGCCGCUAGUAAAAGCGUAUCAGAAGUGGUUUCAAUUAAAAAUUCACCAAGUGCUUUCGAACAGGGCAUCUGAUGAAUUCUGGGUGACGUCCACGGGUUUACCACAGCUGAGCCAAUGCAAAAACGACCAAACCAGGGUUAAAUUAGAGGGUGUGCAUCUAAACAAAAUUAAUGGUGAUCUGAAAUAUUGGUCCGAGGGAAUUAAAUUGGAGAGAGACGAUCUUAGAUCACUAAAUAUAAGACUGGAACGAUAUGCAACACCAACACAAGGCCCUCAUAAUCAUUUGAUGGAUAUGGAGGAUUAUUGUGAUUACUUUGAUGAGGGUAAUCUUUUUGUUUUGCCCCUGGAGUCUCUUUUAAUGCUACUGACACCAUCUGCAGCUUAUGUCGAUUUGCCAACAGAAAUGUUUAUCGACAUUAAGGAAAUUGAUGAACAAAAGCUAAUAGAGUUCGAUAUUCCGUUGCCACCUCAUCACUGUGGCUGGCAUACUAACAACUUUAUCAUAGAUCGUGCCUAUGAGGCAUAUAUGAGUCAGCCAGGCCAAAGUCAAUGGAUACAAAUGGGUGAUGUGAUGUCAAAGGAGAGCGUAAAGAAAUCAAAUGCUUGCUGUGGUGGCAAUUAUAAAAUCCAUGAAAUAGAUACCGAUUAUUCUUCUAAAGAGCCCACAAAAACUAAUCAGGCUUUAAUCUCUUGGUGUCUAAGUGAUUCGUCGUCCAGCUCCUCUUUAAAAAUUCUUACACAAAUGUCUGUAAGUGGUUCAAGCGAUCCUAAGGGGCAGCAUCUUUUGGCCUGUCAUCAUCUAAAGCUAGAAAAUAAACCACAUUGCGGCUUGGAAAUAAUGACCAAAAAUGAGUUGCUUAAAAUAUGGCUACAGUUGCAACUCCUUCAAAAGGACCAAGGGCAUUGUUCUCGUAUUUCGCUGGUCAACUUUGAGCCUCUACUUGAAGAGGAGCUUACUCUAAGCUCGGUAGAGCAGCAAUUGCAUGAAUAUUACAACACCAGCAUGGAUAAUUUAUUGGCUAAUCUGUUCGAGUUUCUCAAAUUGCUUAUUGGUCUCCCUCAAGAUGAGUAUCUUUUGCGAUACUCGUCCAAAUACAAAGAUAAGUUCCUGUUGUGCCGCAAAACCCAAGAGAAAAUACCACAAAGUUUUAGUUUAAAUGAAUUACUUCAAAAGGAAUUGUCAUUGCCGUCUGAGCAUUCUUUUCUUACCCAAAGCAACAGUUACUUGCCCAUCUCAACAAAAUUGUGUGGACCGUUGCACUUGUUUAAUCAAAUGUUGCCAUGUGCUUUCCCUCCCAAAAAGAAUGGCAAAUGUGCCAGAAUAAAUAAAAAUGCAGAGAAACCAAGGACGGCAAGGAUUGCGCGAUUUGAAAUGGCAACAGAGAAACGUCGAGCCGCCAUUUCGUUGCAAAGACGACAACACAAAUCGCAACAGAAAGCACGGUCUAGAGCUCGAAAACGUGAAGCAACCAAAAAAGAAGUGGAAGAACAGAAGCAGCUAGACAAGAUUUUAAACCUUUGAUUUACUUACAAAUAAAUACAUUGAAUCUUUUAUCUGUA